GGGCGUGCAGCGAUCGGCAUCGCUGCAAGGGGUCCGUGGAUUUUGUAAUGGCGGGCCGGCCAGUUUCGCUGGAGAUUUGUAAAAGUUGGGAAAGAUCUGGGAAAUCAGAUUUUUUGAAACUAUGUCGUACAGCCGCAGCAAAUAUGCAGCCAACAAAAGCGGUACCACAUAUGGCAGCACCAGGGUGGUCUUGUAAAACUAAGGAGGAUAAGUACAAAAAGCUGCAGGUAUUGUUGCAUGACAUCUGCUGCCAUGUCCUUGAGGACAAACUCAAAGUGGAGCAAGUUAUUCCUGCACUUGCAGAAGUUGUGGUUAUCAACCAGCAAGUACCGUCCAUGCUUGCGGAUGUUAUUUUUCUAUUGGAUAUGGACACGCAGGCUGUCGAAAACCGAGAUCACCGAGAGCGAUACCUGUGGCUCAUUGGCGGAUGUGCAAAGAUCAUCCCCGAGUCACUGUUGAAGGAGAGGCUAGACACUGAAACAUUAGGAGAUGCGGGAAUUAUCAAGAACAGUCGGGUGGCCCUGACAAAAUUUGUGAAGAUCAAAACACGUCUCUUUUACAAGCAGAACAAAUACAACCUGUUCCGGGAAGAAAGUGAGGGUUACGCCAAGCUGAUGACGGAACUGAGCCAAGAGAUCACGUCACGGAUCAGUCCCGAUUACAUGAUAGAAGUGAUGCGCUCCCUCAUUGGUUGUUUCAAUCUGGACCCUAACCGGGUUCUGGACGUCGUCCUCGAAGCCUUCGAGUGUCGUCUGGAGCUGGAGGAUUUUUUUGUGGGCCUCUUGCGGAAAUUCCUUUGUAACGCCACAACCAUCAGCCAGGUUCUAGGGUUCAAGUUCACCUUUUAUCAGGGUGGUGGUGACGAAAGCACACCAGCAUCCCUCUACAAGCUCGCUGCUCUCCUGAUUAAGAACAGACUCAUCUCACUGGAAGACUUGUAUAGCCUGCUGGUUCCAGAGGACAGUGCCAUCGUGAGCAUGCACAAGAAGGACGUGUCGGCUGCCAAGACGUUCGCAAGACGAGCCAACAUUCUCGUGGUCUCUUCCGACAAGUUGGACGAGAAGAAAGACGAGGACAAGGACGACGACUUGGCACCCGAGGAUAACCAGAAGCUCGGCCUGUGUGCAGCCCUCAUCGAAGUGGGGGACUGGGAGAAUGCGUCUGCCCUCAUCAGCCAUCUUCCGGAAUAUUACGCUGUCACCCAGCCCAAUAUUGCUCGUAAACUCUGCCACCUUGUGCACGUGCUCAUUGACCCCCUGUACAAAAAGCACAGUGGUCUACCUCAAGGAUUCCGGCGCUCCUACUCCAGCAAGGGUCUGUCCCCACCAGUGGAGACGUUUGCAGAUUUCCAGUCGCGUGUUCUUCCCAUGAUUCUUGCACUGGGUCCACUCCUGCACCUGGACCCAGUUCUUAUGGUGAAGAUUGUGCGUCUAGCAAGGUCCUACCUGCAGCAGAAACAGUCCGAGCAAGGCAGAGCCAAAGACUUGCGUUUCGACUUCCUGACCUUGAUCGGGGAUUCGCUUCUUCCGUCGCUGUCACUUCUGGACUGCAACUGCUGUGUUGCUGAUGAAGUGUGGUCACUGCUGCGAUUCUAUCCAUACCAGCAGAGGUACCGACUCUACAGUCAAUGGAAGAACGAGACCUACUUGUCCCACCCACUGCUCAUCCGGAUGAAGGCCGAAUCGCUGAAGAAGAUCAAAUACAUUAUGAAGCGGCUUAGCAAAGAGAACGUCAAGCCUUCUGGCCGACAGAUCGGAAAGCUGAGCCAUAGCAACCCCUGUUUCCUCUUUGACUAUAUCUUGUCACAAAUUCAGACGUGGGAUAACCUUAUCGGUCCAGUAGUGGACUCGCUCAAGUACCUGACGCUUCUUUCUUACGAUGUUCUUGCCUAUUGCAUCAUCGAAGCAUUGUGCAAUCCUGAGAAGGACCGCAUGAAGCAUGAUGGCACUACCAUCUCGCAGUGGUUACAAAGUCUUGCCAACUUUUGUGGAGCUGUUUUCAAGAAAUACUCUAUCGAAUUGACUGGACUGCUGCAGCUGGUAGCCAAUCAGCUGAAAGCGGAGAAGAGCUUGGAUCUGCUGGUUCUGAAGGAAAUUGUCCAAAAAAUGACCGGCAUAGAAUCGACGGAAGAAACGACGCAGGAGCAGCUGGAAGCCAUGUGUGGGGGAGAGCUACUGAAAGCGGAGGGUGGCUACUUCCACCAGCUUCGCAACACCAAGAAAUCAUCUCAGCGGUUGAAGGAGGCGCUGCUGGAGCAGGAUCUUGCCUUGCCAUUGUGCCUUCUCAUGGCACAGCAGAAGAAUUGCAUCUUGUACAGGGAGCAAGAGGCGUCACAUCUCAAGCUGGUUGGGAAGCUCUACGACCAAUGCCAGGACACACUUGUACAGUUUGGAAGCUUCUUAUCCAGCAGCCUGAGCAUGGAAGAAUAUGCGGGUCGCUUGCCUCCGAUUGGACGUCUCUUGUCGCAGUACCACGUGCAAGCAGACGUGGCUUUCUUCUUGGCAAGACCCAUGUUUGGACAUGCAGUGGCUAUUAAGUUUGACGAAAUCCGUAAGAGGGACAAGGGUUUCAAAAACUUGACGGAUCCUCAAAAGGUUCAGAAAUAUGUGGAAGCAGUAGACAGUGUCAUGACACAAGUUGUGGAUAGCGUGAGGCCAUUGCAUCCAUUGAAGACGUGGGAAGACCUCAGUCCCCAAUUUUACGUGACCUUCUGGUCGCUCUCCAUGUACGACCUCCACGUACCUUCGUCGAGUUACGAUCGCGAAAUCAAGAAGCUGAAGCAGCAGGUAGCACAGAUAGAAGACAACAAGGACAUGGUACCAAGUAAACGGAAAAAGGAACGGGACCGUUGCGAAGCGUUGAUGGAGAAACUGCAAGACGAGGAACGGAAACAGCAAGACCACUGCUCCAGAAUCCUGGCGCGGUUACGGAACGAGAAAGACUCCUGGUUUCACUCACGGUCGGCAAAGAACGAAACCAUUACGCAGUUCCUGCAGCAGUGCGUCUUUCCAAGGUGCACGUUUACAGCCCUGGAUGCUCUGUACUGUGCCAAGUUUGUUCACCUCAUUCACAUCCUCAAGACACCAAACUUCUCCACGCUGAUCUGCUACGACAAGAUCUUCUGUGACAUCACAUACACUGUAACGGCAUGCACCGAGAAUGAGGCAAACCGGUACGGCCGCUUCCUGUGUGCUAUGCUGGAGACUGUCAUGCGUUGGCACAGCGACAAGGUCAUCUUCGAUAAGGAAUGCGCAAAUUUUCCGGGUUUCAUGACCAAGUUCAGAGGGGCAAGCCAGUCGUCGGACAUUGCUACGGAUCAUGUGGACUAUGAGAACUACCGCCACGUCUGCCACAAGUGGCACUUCAAGAUUACGAAGGCUCUAGUCAUCUGCUUGGAGUCGGGAGACUAUGUCCAGAUCAGAAAUAGCCUGAUCAUUUUAACGAAGGUCCUACCUCAUUUUCCUGUGAUGACCAACUUAGGCCAGGCUCUUGAAAGACGCAUUGAGAAAAUACGGUCGGAUGAAAAGGACAAGAGGCCUGACCUGUUCGCACUUGCCACAGGGUACUCUGGUCAGCUGAAAACCAAAAAGUCGGAGCUCAUUCCAGAACACGAAUUCCACCUCAAGGACAGCAAAGAGUCGAGAGCUCCAAUUGCGCAGACGAAGACCGAUCACAUCAUGACAACUUCUACGAGGUCAUCAGGUUUGUCAUCUUCAACAACAAGUUCUAAGAGCCAGCCUCCAGCCGUCCUCUCUGGGAAAUCGAACGGACCGGCCCGUGUCAUUGUCUGCAAUGUGACCCAAAAAUGUGCCGUUUUGCCGACCACCUUCCGACCCGUAGACGGUCCCAAGGAGAAGAAGACGGAAGCAAAAUCCGAACUCGCUACGCCCAAUCCGCCGCCGACGCAGAGCAAAGGGAGCAGCGGCGGGAGCUCUUCAUCCAGUGCCGCGGCAGCCAAGACCACUUCCACGACAAGCAGUAGCUCUUCCGGCUCUUCCAGGAGAGAAACCAGAGGGACAUCUAGCAAAGAUACGCCCCCGACGGACACACACGAGAAAUCAUCCUCGUCUUCUGCAGCCGUGCUGCAGUCUGGGAGUAGCAGCAGCGGUGGUGGUGGCGGUAGUGGGGACCGCAAGGGGUCGUCGUCCGGUUCGCAGGACCCCCCGGAGAGCAACUCGUCUCGGAGGGAAUCGGAUCGGCGGAGACCUCCUCCGGACGAUGACACCGUGCCCUCGCACAAGUCCUCGUCGGAGCAUUGGGCUGACGGUGUGGAUGAUCACAAGCGACGCCGCACGGAAAGCACAAAGAGCCCCAAGGUGUCUGACGAGCGGAUUGCAGAGGAGAAGGAGAGGAGUACGGAGUCCCACGGGGCAUCGAGGGAGAAAUGGGCACAUCCGAAGGAUUCGCACGAGUCUCCCACACCUCCGUCGGACAAGAGCAAGCCCAAGAAGACGAGCCGCAAGCGGCAGGAUCACUCGGAAGAAGGCAUCUUGGAAAGCAAAAGAAAAAAGGACGAUGAUACAGCAUCAGCUAAGGGUUCCAGCAAGCGAAAUGGUGAAGAAUCGAAAGAGAAAGACAGAUACAGGCGGGAGGAAUCGUCACCAAAGCUGCGAGAACGAAGAGCAGACAGGGAUGACAAAAAACAUCAUCGUUCUGGUAGCAGCAGUAGCACCUCCAGCUCAGCGUCUUCGAAGAAGCGUUCCUCGUUUUAGGUUGUUGUUGAUGAUGUUGAUGAACACAAUAAGAAUCACUGACAGACGAUUUUUCAAAGAGUGCCUGUACAGGAGCAACAUAACGAAGUUCCAUUGCUCACAGCCAUUUCAUUUUUGAUUUUUCUAGAGGCAUGACUCGUUGGAUCAUUUCAUUUGUUUCCUUCCGGCGCACUACUGUACAAUAAACAUCCUCAUAAAUUUAUCAUCAUCUGCGAUGUGUCUCGCAAAACUCUGUACAUUUUGCUGACAUUUUGACGUGGAAUGGAAAAAGGUUCAGAUAAAUGUUUUACUCUAAGA